AUGGCGGACGCGGUUUUCAAUCCCAACUCUGUCAACCUCACAGACAUUGUUGACAAUGAGGGAGACGUCAGAGAGAUCAUCUGCUUUCUCAACGCCGGCGAUAACGACUACAAUGGACAGCUUGGUGCACGUAUUUCGGCCCUGUUCGUCAUCUUGAUCGCUUCCUCGGCAACCACUCUGUUCCCUGUCCUGGCUUCUCGCGUUCGACGUCUGCGAAUCCCCCUCUAUGUGUAUCUCUUUGCGCGAUACUUUGGUUCUGGAGUCAUCAUUGCUACGGCAUUCAUCCAUCUCCUCGACCCUGCCUAUGAGGAGAUCGGACCGGCUAGCUGUGUCGGCUUGACCAGUGGCUGGGCUGAAUACACUUGGCCUCCUGCACUGGCCAUGACUUCAGCCAUGCUCAUCUUCCUGCUGGACUUCUUGGCCGAGUACUACGUCGACAGAAAGUACAAGAUGGCACAUGUCGAAGUCGAGGGCACCAUUACAACGGGCUCUCCUGCUCCUCACUCUCAUCAAGGACUUCACUCGGCUGACCAAGAUGGCGCCAUUCCUCCCUUCAACCAAAAGUCCGAGGAGCAUGCCCACGACCACAGCCACGCUUCUAGCGAUAAGCCUGCUUCCAGCGAUAAUCUCGAUGUCGAAGAGCUCAAGCACCUUGAUGGCGACACUAAAGAAUCGGUCAUGGGCUUUCAGUCUCAGAUCGCUGCAUCUUUAAUCCUUGAAUUCGGUGUCCUCUUCCACAGCGUCAUCAUUGGCCUCAACCUCGGUGUUGUCGGCGACGAGUUCAAGACUCUGUACCCCGUCAUCGUCUUCCACCAAGCCUUUGAGGGCCUGGGUAUUGGCGCGCGCCUGAGUGUCAUUCCCUUCCCCAAGCGCUUCAGCUGGAUGCCUUGGGCUCUCUGCCUGGCCUACGGGCUGACAACCCCCAUUGCCAUUGCCAUUGGCCUCGGUGUGCGAACUACCUACAACAGCGGUUCCUUCACUGCCAAUGUUGUGUCUGGUGUCCUUGACGCUAUUUCUGCCGGCAUCCUCCUCUACACCGGGUUCGUCGAGAUGAUUGCGCGCGACUUCCUUUUUAACCCCUACCGCACGCAGGAUAAGAAGCGACUGGCAUUCAUGCUGGUUUCUCUCUACCUCGGAAUCAUCAUCAUGGCCCUGCUGGGUAAGUGGGCUUAA